GUCUUCGAACGUUCUCUCACAAAACAAGGUUUAAUAUUCAAACUAAACACAAAAGUUUUAUCAGCUACUCGUAUUGAUACAACAAUUACUGUGGCCACGGAGGCCUCUAAAAGCGGAGAGGUAGAAAAUUUGUCGUGUGACACUCUUCUAGUCUGCAUUGGUCGGCGUCCCUACACUCAUAAUCUAGGUCUGGAGACAGUUGGAAUAAAGACUGAUGAGAAGGGACGUAUUCCUGUCAAUAAAUUGUUCCAAACUUCCGUACCAAGUGUUUACGCUAUAGGAGACUGCAUUCCAGGACAGAUGUUGGCACACAAGGCCGAAGAUGAAGGCAUUCUCUGUGUUGAAGGGAUAUGCGGUGGAGCUGUUCAUUUGGACUACAAUUGCAUCCCCAGCGUUAUUUACACGCAUCCUGAAGUUGCCUGGGUUGGCAAGACUGAAGAGGCAUUAAAAGAAGAUAAAAUGCCUUAUAAGUAA